AUGGAUGAGGAGGAUCGAUUUUCGGCGAGCUCGGGGGAGUCGGAGCGCGACAACGAGCAUGACGACGCCAUGGAAGACGGUGACGACGCCAACAAUGACAACGAGGCCGAGGAAGAGAACAACGAAGACGACGACGACGACGACGGCGAUAACGAGGCCGAGGGGGAGGACGCUGCCGACGAGACGCAGCAGACGCAUAGCGAUGAGCCGGCGAGGAUCAAGUCGAGCAAGUCUGCCACUCCCGCGCCGUCGGCCAUCCCCUGGCGGCCGACUGUCCGGCCCGAAGCCUUGACGGCCAAGCUCUACGAUAUCGUGCCCACCAUGGCCGCGCCCCAGUCGACGAGCAUCAACGCCAUGGCCAUAACACCCGACUUGCGCUACUGGAUCACGGGAGGCUCCGACGGCUACAUCCGCAAAUACGACGGCCCCGGCACCAUCAACGGGAAGCUGGCCCUAACAGUCGCACAGAAGCAUCCCUUUGUAGACAGCGUCCACAAGGCCGGCAUUCUCAUGUCUUACUGGGAAAACGAAGAGCCGCUCGCCCCCGGCCGGGGCGAUCAGGAUCACGUGCUGUCCCCCGUCUACUCUCUCGCCGUCCACUCCGACGCCCUCUGGCUUUUGUCGGGCCUGGAAUCGGGGGGCAUCAACCUGCAGAGUGUCCGUCACGACGAGGGUAAGAAGAUUUGCUGCCUGCAGCAGCACUCGAGCGCCGUCAGCGUCCUGACCCUUGCGCCGGAUGAGAAGAGCGUGCUAAGCGGAGGCUGGGACAAGAAAAUCUUUGAAUGGGAUUUGAACACGGGACAGACGAAAAGAAGCUUUGACGGGAGUGGCGGCCAGAUAUCCUCAAUAGAGCUGCGUCCGGCCAACGGAGAUCCCGUCCCUGCCGAGGCCGACGAGCCGCUGCCAUCUACCACCAUGGCUACCAACAAUAGCGCACCCCUGCCGGCUGGGGUUGUCAACGGUCAAGUCGACGGCGGCCACUCGACGGGCCCAGAGGGGGACGCUCCGCCGGGCGCCGGCGACGGCCAGGCUUCACCUGCCCACGAGAGCUUAUUUGGAGGCAGCGACGCCGGCAGCCUGUUUGGAGAGACGGCGGGGGAGCAGCCGUUUGGACACGACGACGACGGGUUCGGCACCGGCAUGGAGAUGAUGGGCGGCCACGAAGGGGGUAUGGACCACUCGGCCGAUAUGGCCAUGGCGGACAUGGAGAUGAGCAAGGCGCCCGAGAGCGAGGUGGCAGCGCCGGCACCGCAGCCGCAGCCGUGGCAGGACAGCAUGGACGUCGAUACGACGAGCCAGGACCAGGCUGCCGGCGAACCUGCCGAGGAUACCGGCGCAACUGCUCCAGGUACUCAGUCGACGACGUCGCAGCAUGCAGAGGGAGAGUUCAGGGAGCCGCAGCAGUCUCGGUUGACCGAGGACAAGGAUCUCCUGAAGGGGUCGCAGUCCCCAACCAUGAUGUCGUGGCAAGCGCCGCCACAGCAGUACGACCCAUCACAGACCUCAGCCACGACGUUUCUCUCGUCGGCCAUUGACGGGACGAUCCGCAUCUGGGACCGGCGGGUGCCAAACCCCGUGGCGCGCAUCGGAACCCGGGGGGGGGUGCCGCCGUGGUGCAUGAGCGCGUGCUGGAGCCCCAACGGCAACAUGAUUUACGCGGGGCGGCGCAACGGGACCGUCGAGGAGUACGACGUGCGCCGGGCCAAGCGCGUGUGGGAGCCGGAAAGGACGCUCAGGUUUCCGGCUGGCAGCGGCGCGGUGAGCGCGAUCAAGCCAAUGGUGAAUGGGAGACACCUGGUCUGCGCGUCGCACGACAUUAUGCGACUCUACGACCUGCGCGACACCCGGAUGAUGAAGCACUCGUCGGUUCCCUUUCUCAUCAUCCCAGGCCCCCCGCGGGCGGGCGUCAUCUCAUGCCUGUACAUCGACCCGACGAGCCGCUUCAUGCUGAGCGCGGCUGGGACGCGCGGCUGGGACGGGACGAGCACCGAGGCGCUGAUUGGGUAUGAGAUCAACGUGGUGAGCGACUGA